AAGUUACGAACGAACCGUCGAACGAGCAACAUGCACUCCCAUAUCAUCGCCAUCCUGCUGGCCACCGUGGCCAUCGGCUCCUGCAUGGCCAAUCCCAGUCUCAUUUCUGGGCCAUCGAGAAUGAUGCAGAUUAUGAGUGCCACUAGCGAAGUGCAGCGGGCUAACCCACAGCAGACCAACAGCUGUUUCAACUACUAUAAUGCCAUUUUGGAAGCCGACUGGGCUGCUUACGAGGAUGAGUACGCACAGUGCGGGGAUGAGUUCAAUGGCGGCAAACAGGAGGUCCUGGAGUGGUACGAUUCUAUUGUCUGGAAAGUGAGCAAUUCCACCUUCGAAACCUGUGCGAGGUUGCUUGACUGCGAUUUCAAGAACAACAGUCAGGAUGCUUUGCAGUGUUAUUCCGCUGAGGGUCCGGAAUCUUCCAAGAACCUGACUGCUAUCUCUUCAGAUGCUUCUCUUUCCUACGGAUCCCUGGGGCAGGAGAUACAGAAACUCGAUUACACUCGUGAGCUCUGCUGCAACACCUCGGCCCGCAACUACGAGAUCCGCUCCGGCAACACCUAUACGGAGUUCCAGGGCUGCCUCUUGGGAGUGCAUCCCGUGCCAGAAGUUACCACCACCACAACCACAACCAGCAGGCCUACUACCACCACAACUCCCCAGCCAAGCUCAUCAACCCAAUCAAGCACUGCAGCAGCACCCGCCUCAACUGCCCAACCUACCAAAAUAUCUCAAAUCGAUUCCGAUGAACACAUCAGUGGCAACAGCAAGCACAGACUGGCCCACAAACUGGACAGCAUUUACAAACAUGUUGUUUAAAAAACGAACAUUAAUAAAAUAAAAUUUGAAUAUUGUAAA